AUGAGUGGCAUGCGAACCAUCUUGAGCUCGACCGCUCUGGUUGUGAUGGUUGGUGUUGGCUACGGGAUGUGGUCGCUCAUUGUUCCAGGAGAAGAGAGGCGAAAGGAAAUGCUCAAGAAUUUGCCAGAGUCAAACCCUGUGAGAAUGGAAGAGACAAGAAAACGAAAUGCUCUGUUAUUGCAGACACUCAAGGAGGCUGCGGAAACCAACGAGAAUAUUGCAAGAGGAUUUGGACGCUCUACAAAAUAG